AGUUGCAAAAGCAUCGGAAUCAAAGAAUCCGAUUGGGGGAAGAAAAGAAAAAACGUUUUUCAGAAAAUCACAACAUAUUUCUUUCUAAUUUCUUUCAUUUUCCAUCACUUUCCCGGGAGAAUCUCGGUAAAAUCGUCGUUUCUCUCUUGCCGUUAUCCUUCUCACGAACAAUUGAGAAAGAGCAUUUGCGACGGAACUAAUCCCAACUUCUUCAGCUUCAGUUUUUGAUUUUUCAACCCCGUAAUCCGUUUGUUGACACGACGAAUUCAGCUGUAGAAAUGGCUAGCCAAGGCGGGUCAUCGAGACGGAGCUUAUCUGUUACGACUUCGUCAUUGCACGGAAAAAAGAAAUCCAUGGAAAUCGGCGAACGAGGUCUCGACACUGGCCGGAGAUCUUUUACUGUUUCUCGUUCCCCUUUCAGGGGUUUGACAGGAGGCGAGCGAACUGUUAAACGUUUAAGGCUAUCGAAAGCCCUUACAGUACCAGCAACAACAACUAUAUAUGAAGCUUGUAAAAGGAUGGCUUCUCGUAGAGUUGAUGCCUUGUUGUUAACUGACUCUAACGAAAUGCUUUGUGGGAUUCUUACAGACAAGGACAUAGCAACAAGAGUGAUCUCACAAGAAGUUAAUGUCGAGGAAACACCUGUAUCCAAGGUUAUGACUAGGAACCCGACGUUCGUUCUUUCAGAAACGCUUGCUGUUGAAGCCCUCCAAAAGAUGGUCCUAGGAAAAUUCAGACAUCUGCCUGUUGUUGAAAAUGGCGAAGUUAUUGCUUUAUUGGAUAUAGCGAAGUGUCUGUAUGAUGCGAUUGCUCGUAUGGAGAGGGCAGCUGAAAAAGGUAAGGCAAUAGCUGCUGCUGUUGAAGGUGUUGAAAAAAGUUGGGGAACAAACACUUCAGUUCCCAACACUUUCAUCGAAACGCUACGAGACCGGAUGUUUAGACCUUCUUUAUCAACGAUUAUACCAGAUGAUACAAAGGUUUUGAAAGUCUCACCAACCGAUACAGUGUUGACUGUAGCAAAGAAAAUGGUUGAAAUUCAAUCAAGCUGUGCAGUCGUGAUGAUUGAGGACAAGCUUCGAGGGAUAUUUACUUCCAAGGAUAUACUGAUGCGGGUUGUGGCUGAAAAUCUUCCUCCAUCUGAGACUACAGUGGAGCAGGUUAUGACUCAGAAUCCAGAAUCCACGACAGUUGACACACCAAUCGUUGAAGCUCUUCACAUCAUGCACGAGGGAAAAUUCUUACACCUUCCUGUUACGGACAAAGACGGAGAUGUAGUUGCAGUUGUCGAUGUAAUCCACGUUACUCAUGCUGCUGUUGCUACAGCUGGAACUACUGCGGGAAUAGGAAAUGAGGCGACAAAUACAAUGAUGCAAAAGUUUUGGGAUUCAGCAAUGGCAUUGUCUCCUAAUGAGGAAGACGAGGACACGAGAAGUGAGAGCUCCUUGAAAGUUGCUUCUGAAGCUGAAACAGGGAAAUCUUUCCCUUUUGCAAAUACAUUUUCUUUCAAGAUCGAAGACAAGAAGCACAGAAUGCACAGAUUCAUAAGCGACACUCGUAGUUUGACAGAAGUGAUAACCGCGAUCCUUCAGAGAGUAGGGAAUGAUAUCGAUCCAGACAACUUACCCCAAAUUUUGUAUGAAGAUGAAGACCAUGAUAAAGUGUUGUUGGCUUCAGAUAGUGACCUUCAAGCAGCCAUAGACCAUGCAAAAUCAAUUGGCUGGAAGAGUCUGAGAUUACAUUUGGAUGAUUCAAGAGAAGGCAAAGGAAGAAGGAGAAGAAGAGCAGCAGGAUCAGCAGAAGCAUUGGAAUAUGUAGAGAAAGACGCUUGGGCUGCUGCAUACAGUGGAGUUGCGGCUGGUGCAGCAUUAGUAGCUGGUCUUGGUUUUAUGGCUUAUCUGAAAAAAUUCGGACAUUGACCACUCAAAAAUAUACACAAUUGAGUUCUCUUACAGAUCAAUUCAAACAAAAAAGUGCCAUGCAAUGGAAAACAGACACUGAUUUUGAAGGUUUUGUCUGAAAAAAUUUAUAUACAAUGUCAUCUUUUAGAUAUUAAUGGUUCACUA